AGCCAAUGUACCUGUAGUAAGGCAAGUUAUCAUCACCAAGUACAACUUCCAAACGCCAACAAACACAAGUCAACAUCCAUUCAAUCGCCCUUUUUCUUUUUCUCAGCUCGACAGUUGGGGAAUACAAUACAGACCAUUUCGCAUCUUCUCUUGCGUCUAAACUCCAAUCCACUCACUGAGUGAGCUGUGACAAACUCACGGCGGAACUCGAACCAUGGCCUCAUCUGCCAAUAAGCCUUAUCCUCCGGCGAGCAUUGACGAGGAUGACGAUGAUCUCAUAGAUCCUGAUGAUGCCGACCUACACGAUUUCGACGAUCCGCUCAACAACCAAGCCACAUCCUCCCGCGCGCCGCUGACCGGCAACAUUGGCAGCAGCACGACAGGCGGUGCUGGGGCGUCGUCUUCGUCGAGUUCGCGCCGCCCCCUCAAUGAAAACUACCUCACGUCCCGCAUCGGCGGCGAGGACCGGGCGGCGGCCCAAAACACCAUCGACGAGUCCGUCUGGGACACGCUGCGCCGAGACCUGCUCGCGGUUUGGAGCAAGAUGCGCGAGGUCCUGUACCCGCGCUACCUCUUUGGCGGCACCAUGUUCGAGUCCUCGGAGGGAAUCCGCGGCGCCUACGCCAACAUGCGUUCCGCCGGCAUCUCGGGCACCCGCGAAGAGCUGGCCGGCCUGGCUGGCCGUGUCAUGGACCCCGAGAACCUGCUCAACCAGAGCAACAUGACCCCCGGCCUGAGGGACUGGGACCUCUGGGGUCCUUUGAUCUUUUGUCUGCUCCUGAGUUUGUUGUUGAGCUUCAACGCCAGCGCCAGUCAGAAGGACCUUGUCUUCAGUGGCGUGUUUGCCAUGGUCUGGAUCGGGGAGGCCGUCGUUACGUUGCAGAUUAAACUUUUGGGAGGCAAUAUCUCAUUUGCACAAAGCGUAUGCAUCAUCGGCUACACGCUUUUCCCGCUCGUCAUCGCCUCGCUCCUAUCGGCAUUCAACCUCUACUGGAUCGCCCGUAUCCCCGUCUACCUGGUACUCAUCGGCUGGGCAAUGGCGGCUGGCGUCAGCAUCCUUGGUGGCAGCGGCGUCGUCAAUAACAGAGUCGGCCUUGCCGUCUAUCCAUUGUUUGUCUUUUACCUGGGACUAGGGUGUCUGUGCUUCAUCAGCUACCCAUCAUAGCCGCACCAAAAGUCCUAACUGUACUAGGUUUUGGGGGUGGUUAAUAGCUGGGAGACUUUUCUUUAAAAAAAAAAAAAAAAUAACACCGAGAAAGGGGUGGCGGAUACGAUUUGACAUGCCGGCAGAUUCAAAGCCGUGUACGAUAUCUGUUCUUGUUUUGCUCAUAGAGAGUUGUUUUUUUUUUGCGUCGAAAAUGGAAGCGUGUGCAUGGCCAGAAUAUUGUAUCUUGCCGUACUUUGGAUUGAAUCUCGAAGUUUCGCUCCGAUUUGGAUAAAAACAUCAUGUGCGUGGUAUUUACACAAGGGACACAUCUGAAGCCACCCAAGAACUGUCUUACUGCGACGUACUG